AUGCCACAACCAUUUAAAUUACUUGCAACAACACUGCUCCUGGUGCACUGCAUCGUUGCCUGUCCGCCGGAGGUGUGUGUCUGCAAAUGGAAGGGCGGUAAGCAGACCGUCGAGUGCGGCGGCCAGCAGCUGUCGACGCUGCCGGAGGGCAUGGAUCCGGGCACACAGGUGCUUAACUUUAGCGGCAAUGGAUUGCAGGUGCUGCAAAGUGAGCGUUUCCUGCGCAUGGAUCUCUUAAAUCUACAGAAGAUCUACUUGUCUCGCAACCAAUUGAUACGCAUACACGAGAAGGCCUUUCGGGGCCUGACCAAUCUUGUGGAGCUGGAUCUGAGCGAGAAUACGCUGCAACAUGUGCCCAGCGAGACAUUCCAGGACUACAGCUCCUUGAUGCGUCUCUCGCUGAGCGGGAAUCCCAUACGUGAACUCAAGACUUCAGCCUUUAGGCACUUAUCGUUCCUGACCACACUGGAGCUAUCCAACUGUCAGGUGGAACGCAUCGAGAACGAGGCCUUUGUCGGCAUGGACAAUCUGGAGUGGCUGCGUCUCGAUGGCAAUCGCAUUGCCUUCAUCCAGGGAGCACACAUCCUGCCCAAAUCCUUGCAUGGCAUCAGUUUGCACAGCAAUCGCUGGAACUGCGACUGCCGACUCUUGGAUGUCCACAGCUGGCUGGUUAGCCACAAUAUACCCUUGGCCGAGGAGCCCAAGUGCAUGGAGCCGGCCCGACUCAAGGGUCAGGGGAUCAAGGGACUGCAGCGCACACAGCUCGCCUGUCUGCCCGAGGUCAGUCCACAGUCCAGUUACACGGAGGUGAGCGAGGGCCGUAACAUGUCCAUCACGUGCCUGGUGAGGGCCAUUCCUGAGCCAAAGGUGCUUUGGUUAUUCAAUGGCCAGGUGAUGAGCAACGAUAGCUUGAUGGACAACCUGCACAUGUAUUACUACAUCGAUGAGAGCGGAGGAAGUGGCGCCGAGGAGAAGCGCAGCGAGAUCUUCAUCUACAAUGUGGGAGCCGAGGAUAAUGGCACCUUUUCGUGUGUGGGUCAGAAUGUAGCCGGCACCACCUUCAGCAAUUACACGUUGCGUGUGAUUAUCAAGGAGCCGCCGGUGGUGAAUGAGGUGUCCUUCCCCAGAGACUACAUGAACUACAUUGUGGCGAGCAGUGCCGGCGGUGGCAUCAUCUUUGCCGUGCUCCUCUGCACCAUUGUGGUCAAGUGCAAGCGCAGCACGGAGCCGGCCAAGCGCAAGAAAUGCGACCAGGUGACGAGCAUUGCCGGUGGCUCGGACUCCAGCAAUGGGAAUGGCCAGGACACGGCCAUGAUGAAAUGCGCCUCGAUACUCAAUGAUGGCGAUAGCUUAAAUGGCGGAGCUGGGCUGCUCCUUAGCGAGAAUCUGACACCGACCAAGGGCAGCAAUGGCAGUUGCGGCGGUGGUCUAAUCCUUGGUGGCCAAAUGAAACAGAAUUUGCUGCUCUAUGCCACGCCCAAUCCGCAUUCGCAUCCACAUCCGCUUCCACAUCCACAUCCACAUUCGCAACUGCAACUCAAUGUGAACAUGAUGAAUGCUGCCGCGGCUGCCGGUUCCCCGCCCCUCCUCCUCAGCAAUGGACUGGCAGCCGCCUACUGCUCCCCGCCCGCAUCGUUGCGCAACUACCAGGAGAAGAAUCCCGACCUGGUCAACGAUGCGGAGAGUGUAAAGCAUAAGCUGAAGACGGCCGUCUCGUUGGAUGGCACUGCAGACUAUGAGAAUGCCAGCGAAUGUGGCCAAUACGAGGGUUGCUACCAGCUGGCAGCAACAACACCUCAUGCCCACACAAUGCUCGGCAUGGGAUCACGUUUUGCCGCCGCCAUGACGACCCUGCCACGUGGCAUGCAGCUGAAAUCGGUGCUGGGUGCACAGGCGGCAGCUGCAGGUGCCACAUCGCCACAUCAGGUGGAUGUGCAUUUGAAUCCCGUUUGCUUUUUGGGACAGGAUGGAUAUGCUUAUGAUUACAGCAGUGCGCACUUGGUGCAGCAGCAACAUCAGCAGCAGCAACAGCAGCAGCAACAGCAGCAGCAACAGAACUUUUACCGUACACUGCCACACAAUCGCACCCACAAGCAACAGCAGCAACAACAAUUUGCGGCUGCGGCAGCUGCACAAAAUGCCAGCUUACGUUACAGCCUCGAGGCGGAGUUCAUACAACGUGCCCCGGUUGUUGGCUAUGAGAAGUAUCAGUUGCCCAAUGUGCGUUUCACAGCCGAGGGUUAUCCACAACAACAACAACAACAACAACAACAGCAGCAGCAACAGUUGCAACUGCAGCAGCAAUUUCCGUCGCCACCCGAAGGCUACAAGAGCAGCGAUCUGCCGAUGCCCAGCUUCCAGCAGUGGCCAAGCUGCCUGCCCGGAUAUCAUGCCCAGCCGCUGCGUUACGGCAUCGCACAGUCGCCAACGCAGGCGAUUGCUGCCGCAGCGUCAACAGCAUCCACGUUGGACACCAACAACAGCAACAGCAACCCAAGCAACACAAGCAACACGAGCAAAACGAGCAACAACAACAACACAAUCAAUGGCAGCGAGACAAUUCCCGAGCUGGACGAGAGUGAAACUUCGCCCAGCGGUUCGGAUGCCGCCAUAGCGGAUGAAUGUCCUGGCAGCAGCAGCAACAGCAACAACACCGAGUCAACCGAUGCGUCCAAGCUGAAGCAACUCAACGGACCCCUUGCGGACAGUCCGGACGAGGGGUAUGUGGGGGAGGCGCCGGAGACGAGCGAUAUUUGACAACGCGGCGCCGACGCCGGCCAGGACGCUGCCUUAGAUGAUUCGGUGGCUCUGUAAAUAGACGAGCUGAUGACACACACACAUAACAUACUCACACCUAGAUAUAUACACACACUCGUACAUAAGUACAUAUUCAUUUUCUCUGUUCACAUCUUUUGUUUCAGUUGCCCACAAAAUGGAACGAAAACACAAAAAACAGUCAAACAAAAGGGCAAAAUUCAACCCCAACCACGACCCCAACCAAAACCCUAAGCAAAGUCGAAUAGAGCCAAAGCACAUCCAAA